AUGGGCGUCCCUCGAAGCAAUGGGUGCUUGCUUUGCGUCAAGCGUCGAGUGAAGUGCGACGAGCGGGUCCCUGGCUGUGCAAGAUGCGAGACCUACGGAAGGCCUUGUCCCGGGUAUGAUCGGGGCUUUACAUUCGUUGCCGGAAAGCCUUAUCGCUCUCGACGACGUCCAAAGACAGAAGACAGCAAAAGCAGCUCUACGGGUGAGACUACGCCUACGACUGUGGACACCGUCUCUCAUGCUACUAUCUGGCAAUUGCAGCUCCAGAGCGCUAGCCCAGGUACUCUAGCAUCUGCCGACUCCAAUGUAAUGCAAGGCCUAGGUAUCGUCCUCGAUGAAGUUUCCCAGCCCGAGCAGUUGAACUCAGCUUAUGUUAUAUCCCGCUGGCUGCGAGCUCUACCGGCCGUGUAUGGACGGAACCGGGCUUUGGAUUCGACCAUCAAGUGUUUUGUUUCUCACCAUGUGGGAUAUAUGACUUGCAAUGGACAGGCUCUUUGGUAUGCUCGGUCUGCGUAUGUAGAGGCGCUGGCGAGACUUCGGAAGGCGCUGGAGAGUCCGGCUGAGGGACUGUCUUCCGAGACUUUCUGCGCGGUCUUGCUAUUGUGUUUGUAUGAGCUCUUUUCCAAUACUACUGACUCGGUGUCGUGGAUGAAACAUGCUCAAGCUUUGAGUCAGUUGACGGAGAUCAGGGGCUGUGGGCGCUAUGUGGAUGAGUUUGAUCUGACCUUGUUAAAGGCGUCUCGUGGGUUAAUUGUGAUGCAUUCUUUGUUUUCGGGCCAGAAAUGCUUCUUGGCUUUAGAUCGCUGGCAUUCUGUGAUGGCAAUGCAUGUGAAUACUGGGUUGUCAAGCAAGCUAGAUCGCUUGGUGGAAGAGUUUUUUGCCUACUUCACCUCCGUGCCUAGUCUGAUACAUGAGCUCUAUGACCUCAAGCAAGCGGAUUGGACGGAUCCACGGACCCAGCAGAGAACCUCAGACCUUGUGACCCGAUCUCUCGAUAUGACAGACAAGGUGUCUGCAUGGUACGGCCAGUUCUCGACUACGGUUCCGCUUCCAACCGAGGCCCUUUCGCCCACAGGGGACAAGCUGUUCCCUGUCAUUCUCAUUUACUCCGAUGUCAACAGCGGGGCUCUCUUUUGUGGCUAUUAUUCUUACAUGAUGCUUCUACAUGAGAUCCUCAGAUCGUGCGGUUAUCCUGGUGAGCAUGCAGCUAUGAUUGCUCACUUUCGUGACCUCAUCUGUCAGUCAAUUGAGUAUAAUGCUCGUGGAAUGCUAGGGCCGUAUCGAAUGGGAUUCUCACUGCGCGCGGUCUACGAAACGGCCGAUCCUGUUACCAAGACGUGGCUUGAGGGUUGGCUGGAACGGCUGUCGAAAGGAUAUGCGGCAGUGCAGCCCAGGAAUUUUCAGAUGAUCGACUAA